ACGGACGUUGUUUGACGAAGUCGGAAAUGAAUUGAAGCUUAGUGUUGGACAUCAAAAUAGUGAAAUGCUUUAGUUUUCAAAUCGUACCAUUCAGUAACCUAUAGCAGAUAUUCAGCUACACAGACUACCGAUUCCGUUAACGAUUGGCUAGUUACAUUGCUUCGAUCAGGAUGGAGCAGGACACUGUCCCGGAGUCUGUGGCCUCACCACCUUCAGGUGCAGCAAAAUCAAAGUUGGACACGUUGUCCAAGGAUGACCUCAUCAAGUUUGCCAAGAAGCAGAUGGCUGCCAUCCAGAAGAUGAAGUCCAAAUGUGCAGAUUUGGAGAAGGAAGUUGACACCCUCAAGUCUCAGCCAACAGGCAAUUCAGACGACUCCGUCAUACAGGAGCUGACUGAGAGGAUGAGUGCCUUGCUGCUGGAGAAGGCUGAGACCCAGCAGAGUGCAGUGUUACUGCGGAAGGAGAAUGAGAAGGUCAAGCAGCGGGAGCAGGAUGCAGUAAGAAAACUGGCCACCCUGCAGGGAGAGUUGAACCAGGCCAAGGAAGACCACCAGAAAAAGAUGGCCACUUUUGAGAAGACCAUGCACGUAUCCCAGGCCAAACAUAAAGAAGAAGUCGAAUUCUUUCAGAGGCUUCUGAGAGAGAAAGACGAGAGUGACAGAGAGAAAGAGAGCGAAAGAGAGAAAGAAAAGCAUAGGGAAAGAGAAAAGGAAGAUACAAACAAUAGUGUAGAAGCUGUUAGUCACAGCCUGGAGUCGCAGAUCUUGAGUCUGCAGACAGAGCUAGCUGCAGCGGUGGAGCGAAGUGCCCAGGAGGCUGCAGUGCUGCAGGAGGACCACCAGAGGGCGCAGACAGAGGCCCAGCAAGAAGUAGAGAACCUACGAGAAGAGUUGGCCCAGCAUAGCAUGCAACAUGAAGAGGAGCUGAGAGCUCUGGAGGAGGACUUUGAGAUGGAGAGAGAGAGACUGCUUCUCCUCCAAGAGGAGCUCAGUGAGCAGCUCGCUCUCAAAGACAGUUUCUUGCAGGAUGUGCAGGAGGAAGAGGAGGAGCCUAGCGGCCGCAGCUCGGGGAUAGCCAGGAUGUUGGAGCUGUCUGGUUUAAGUCAGAUUGAUGCCAGUGAUGGAGAGACGGAGACUGGACAGCUCCGAUCCGCCUUGGAGGACCUGCAAUCCCAGAAUACAAUGCUGCAAGACGAACUGACCUUCUUGGGCAAUGUGAAGACUCAACUGGAGGCGGAGCUUGAGAGGAUGAGGGAGGAGUUUCAGACAGAGAAGGAGGAGCUAGAAUUUAAGAUCGAUGAGUUGCUGAUGACCCGGGAGGGUGCGACCCCUGACCUGAAUAUGACCCCUUACCGAGACCCUCUGAGCCCGGCAACCCCCAAGUGUGACCUUCAGGAGGUUCCAGCCCUCACUCAGCUCCAGCAGAGUGGGUCACAGAGAGAACCAGCAUACAGCCUGCCUGCCAGCUCUGCUAGCCCCUCCAGCCCUUUCCCUGACACAGACCACCAGAGUUUGACCCUGGAAGAACAGCAGAGACUGAUCCUAGAGGUCCAGGAGCUGAGGACCCAGUGUGAGACCUUAGCUAGAAAGAAUACCCAGGCGGUGGGUGAAUGUGAGUCUCUAGCCAAAGAGAGGUGCCAGGCAGUGGAUGAAUGUGAGUACCUAGCCAGAGAGAGGGGGCAGGCGGUGGCUGAGUGCGAACACACCAGAGACAUUCUGAAAGGCCUGGAGACUGAGCUAGGUCAGAGGACUGGGGACUUCGUCAGACAAUGUGAAGCUAUGAAGGAACAGGGGGCGUCAGCGAUCCAGGAGCUACAGGAGAGAGUCAGAGGGCUAACUGAGGAGAGAGAGAGUCUGGUAGAGAAGUUGAGAGUGCUGAAUGAAGACCGAGAAAGCCUAUUGGAGGAGGUCCAGGGCCUGGAGAAGAGGCUGGAGAGCUUCCUGGAGCAGACACAGGCAGCUGAGGGGCUGAAGGAGCAGCUGCAGACAUCUCUGGAGGAGAAGACAGAAUUAGCUCUCGAGUUUAAGACCUCUCUGGAGGAGAAGACUGUGUUAGCCUCUGAGCUAAAGGCCUCUCUUGAGGAGCAGACAGCGUUAACCCUCGAGCUAAAGGCGUCAGUGGAGGAUCUGAGCAGGCAGAAUGGGGAGAUCCUCUCUCAGCUACAGAUGAAGGAGAGUGCUGUUCAGGAGUUGGAGGAUUCACUCAAUGAGGUGAGCACAGAGAGGGACCAAACACUGUCAGCACUGCAGGAGAGAGAGAUGGAGGUGGUGAGGCUGAGGGAGGUGGAGGGGAGGCAAGGCCAAAGAGAAAGGGUGGCUGAGCUACAGGCUCGUAUAGAGGAGCUGGAGAAGGAGAGGAGCCUGCUGAAGAGCAGCCUAGGGGAGGUGCAGGGGAGCCCAGGGGAGGAGGUGGAGGAGCUACAGGCUCGUAUAGAGGAGCUGGAGAAGGAGAGGAGCCUGCUGAAGAGCAGCCUAUGGGAGGUGCAGGGGAGCCCAGGGGAGGAGGUAGAGGAGCUACAGGCUCGUAUAGAGGAGCUGGAGAAGGAGAGGAGCCUGCUGAAGAGCAGCCUAGGGGAGGUGCAGGGGAGCCCAGGGGAGGAGGUGGAGGAGCUGCAGGCUUGUGUAGAGGAGCUUGAAAAGGAGAGGAACCUCCUGAAGUGUAAUCUGGGGGAGCUGGUGGGAGAUACUGAAGCUCUACAGAGAGACCUGGUAGAGAUGAAACUUGCCAAUGAGAAGAUGAGAACAGAGAAUCAGGAAUUAUUGGCUCAGGUCAGCAACGCUACAGAGACACUGGCAGACAAAGAGAGGGAGCAGAAGGUGGGAGGAGAGACGGAGAGAGAGGAGGAGGAAAAACAAGAGGAGAGGAGAGCGCUACAACAGCAGCUAACAGAAAAGGACAAAGUCAUAUCCCAGCUGAAGAGUCAGAUGGCUGUCCUGCAGUCUACAGCCUCCACUGUCUCAGAGGAGAACACAGCCAUAGAGUUCACUGAGAAAAUCGCCCUGCUGGAGAAGGAAAGCAAAGAGAAGAAUGAGAGGAUGAAUAAGAUCAAGGCGGUGGCUGUGAAAGCCAGGAAGGAGCUGGACACCAGCAGGAAAGAGGCUGUGUCUCUGAAGGAGGAAGUGGAGGUGUUGAAGGCUGAGCGAGAGAAAGUGACCAGCUCAAUGAAAGACAUCAUUCAUGGAGCAGAGGGAUACAAGAACUUACAGUUGGACUACGACAGACAGACAGAGCAGCUGGAUAAGGAGAGAGAGAAGGUGGAGGGAGCUGAGAAACAGAUCUCCGAGCUGACCAAACGACUCAACACCGCCGUACAACAGCAUGAGCAGCUGUGGUCGGAGAGAGAGGACCUGAUGACUGGAAUGGAGACGCUGAGGAGCACAGUGAGACAGAUGGAAGGACAGACAGCAGAGCUGCACAGGCAGACAGACACCCUGAACAGAGACCAUCAGGCUGAGAGACUACUGAAGGAACAAAAGACAAAGGAGCUGUCGUCGUUGCAGAAAGAGGUAGAGGAGUUGACCGCUCAGCUCCGCAGACAGAAGCAGCAGUCUCAGCAGACUGCACGGGAGCUGGAGCAGCUACGCAAGGAGGCCCAGCAGAGCUCGUUGUUGGACAUGGAGAUGGCAGACUAUGAACGCCUGGUCAAAGAACUCAACACCAACCUGUCAGAGAAGGACGUGUGCGUGGAGGAGCUGAAAACACAGAUACACACACACACUCAGAAAGAAGACACACUCAACCAGGAGAUUGAGGGUCUGAAGUCCCAGCUGGACCAGGGGGAGGACAAGGGCGCCAAGAUGAAACAGCUGCUGGUGAAAACCAAGAAAGAUCUGGCGGACGCCAAGCGGCAGGAAGCCUCUCAGAUGAUGACCCUGGCUUCUCUGAAGAGAGAACUGGAGACCCACCAACAGGAGCUAGAGAACAGUAAGAUCCAGUGCUGUGACCUGUCUGGGGAGCGCCAUCGGCUGCAUGAGCAGCUGAGGACUCUGACAGAACAACAGCAGAGAACAAGCAGCACCCUGCAACACCGACUGAGCUCACUACAGCAGGAGUUCAACACUGCCCAGGCUGAGCUGUCAUUUGUCACUACUGAGUUUGACAGCUAUAAGGUCAGAGUUCACAAUGUCCUCAAACAGCAGAAGAACAAGAGUUCGGCCCAGAGUGACGGACACGCCACCAGACAGGAGAGAGAGCAGAUGGAGUCCAUGGUGGACCAGUAUAAAGCCAAGCUGCAGGACAGUCAGCAGAGUCUGGCGGUGAGCACUGCAGAGUUCCAACAGCUCCAGAUGGAACACGACACACUACUGGAACGACACAACAAGAUACUGCAGGAGACCGUAACUAAAGAGGCUGAACUCAGAGAGCGACUCCUGUCUCUCCAGGCAGAGAGUAUGUCGCUGCGGACAGAGCUUGCCCAGACGGUGGGUCAACUUACCUCCCAGGCCGACGCCCAACGCUCAGGGUUCCGGGAGCAGAUCCGCCACCUUCAGGACGAACACAGAACUACAGUAGAGACCCUGCAGAACCAGAUGACCCGGCUGGAGAACCAACUAUUCACAUUGCAGAGCCAGACCGCUCCAGUCCAGACCAGUCGUAAGCCAGUGGUGGACCGCCGGACUGUGGACCAGGGGGCGAUGGGGGGGCUGGGCCUCAGUGACCUCCAGUCCAUGGCUAGAGAGGAGGGGGAGGGCAUGGAGACCACUGAGACAGAGUCCCUGUCCCUCCCACACACACCCCUACCCUCACUGGAGCAUCUACUCACGUCCCCAGACCCCAAACAGGAGCCGUUUGUGUGGCAGGUGGAGCCGACUAAAGAGGAGUUAAGUCAGAAGUUGGCCACAGCUACACGCAGUAUGGAACACAUGAACAUGCUACUGCAUGAGACCGAGGCUACCAACGCUGUUCUGAUGGAACAGGUCAAUCUGUUGAAGUCUGAGGUGCGUCGUCUGGAGCGUAACCAUGAGAGGGAGAAGAGUGUAGCCAACCUGGAGUAUCUGAAGAAUGUCCUCCUGCAGUUCAUCUUCCUGCAGUCAGGCAGCGAGAGACGGGCUCUACUCCCCGUCAUACACACCAUGUUACAACUCAGCCCUGAGGAGAAGAAUAAACUGGCUGCUAUCGCAAUGGGUGAGGAGGAGGUGGGAGGAGCUAAAGGCUCAGGAUGGACCUCCUACCUUCACAGCUGGUCUGGCAUCAGAUGAAGACAUCAACUACUGCCAUCUCACUACCUGCCUUCACUGUCAUCUGAUCAAUCUGUCUGAUCAACUGGAGUUAUUGAAAAGUCUUCAUAUAUUAUUGAUGAUCAUUAAUCUACUUGAAGUGAAGCAAGUGCUGACAGCAGCUAAACAAGCAGGAGCUCUUUUAACUGUUUAGUUACUGGACCGGUGAUGAUUCCUCAAUGCCUCACAUUCAAUACUUAGUUUUUUACGACUGAAUUUGUAGCUUCGUAAUAAUCCGCUCCAUGCAGCGCCUAAGUUAAAAUGGUUAAUGAAGUGAACUAUGACUGUGAUGACACAUUUCACUUAAGAUCUAAUGUAGAGUGGUUAAUCAACAAUUAUAACAAUUCACACCUGUUUCCAUGUAUCAAUAUUACAUACCAAAGAAUGCUAUGUUAAUAUGUAGGUACGUAGUCUGUAAUUGUGUGUGUAUAUAUAGUAAUUAUGUACUUGCUGUGAAAUCACAAUGUUAUUGCAAUGGGGGGCUGCUUUUUUUCAAGUUAACCAAACAUGAAGAAAGGGUACUGGAUAUCAAUGACUGGGUCAAAUUGAGGCCUCUGGUCUGUCGUCCUAUGGUUGUGCUUCAUAUCACAUCAUCAUUUACAAACAGCUAUCUGCACUUGAAUUUACACAUUUGGUAGACUAGCACCAACUGUGACAUGUAUAGGAGUCACAUUAGGCUCUCAUUUACUAUGACCAAGGCUGCGCCUGAAAUUGUACUCUUAUUUCCCAUAUAUUGCACAAUAUUGGGAUAAAGUGCCGGUUCAGAUUUGGCUCGUCUCUUACCCAGAGUUAUAUGCUAAUGUCAUUGUUCUGUGUUAUUCCUAAGGCAUAUUAAUGAAUGAGGCCAGAUGGGGACAAGUAAUACAUGGGAAUAACUGAAUGUACUCGUAAUGAAUAAUUGUAUAUUUAAACUGGGAAAGUAUAUUGUUCGGCUAUAAAAUAUGAAUGAUUACUGAUGUUGAAAACUGGUGAUGGUGUCCAGUCCUCACGGUUAAAGUUGAUAUCCCCUCUGGGUUAAGACAUGAUUUAGAAAAGGACACAUAAGUCAAAGUUAAGCAUACGUUUUAGGUCAACCAUUUUAUAUAAAGGAUCAGUAGCAAAACCACCAUUCUUUUUUCUAAGAGAUUAUUUAACUGUGAAUAAAGAUGACAAUUAAUAUAUAUGCUUUUUUAAAUACGUUUUUUUUUUUUUUACUUUCUUGGCCUGCCGCUACUCUUGUUCAUCUAAAAAUGUAAUGUCUCAUAUCAACUUUUUAAGUCACCCCAAUUAAAUGAUUUUGAGGUAAA